CGUCAUCACGCGGCCAAAAAACGGACCAUCGUCGACUGCGCUGCAGCAAGGAGUCUUUGGCAAAGCCCGCGUCUUCGAAGACUGUUUGCUCUAACCGGUUUGAGGAAAAAAGAACGACUCGAAAAACCGGUGUCCGGUGUCCUAACGUGGAACGUAGAAGGAGACAACCGAAAAGAAGCUAUUCCCAAAGCAGUGUCUCCGCGAACAGUAACUUCGUUUUGUGUGUUUUUAUUGACUUUAGUCGUUUUCAUACGUUCGUUCGUGCGUGAGCGAGCUGCUAUCUGUGGUGUUUCGCUUUCCUGUUGUGCUGCUUCGAACGUUCAUGAGUUUAUGCAGGUUUCGCUCGAGAGGCACGGCGGUUUGAAUCAAUCAAAUCUACCUCAAUUUUAUCGUAUUUUCGAUAAGCUGUUGUAACCAUUACAUCGACCGUAACUAGUCAAACUGUGCCUAAGGAACACGCGAUAAAGUUCCUGUAAGUAAAGUGAAACGCAACAAGUUCCUUACAUUCUUCGUACCGCUUGUGGCGACGGAAUCCUAUCGAAAGUGAUGGCCCAUCGAGCCCUUCGCCGUGUAUUUGUGUACGGUACGCUGAAGCGCGGCGAACCGAACCACCAUCUUCUUGCCGACGCGGACAACGGGUACGCCAAGUUCAUCUGCAAGGGUUCGACCAACCGACGGUUCCCGCUGAUCUUGGCAACCCGGUACAACAUUCCGUUUCUACUGGACAAACCGGGCACCGGGAGUUAUGUAACGGGCGAAAUCUACGAGGUCGACGACCCGCUUAUGGAGCAGCUCGACGUGCUGGAGGAUUACCGGAAGUUGUACGAUCGUCAGAUCGAGGACAUAAACGUCGGGAUCGAGGGUGGCAAUGUGCCUUGCUGGUUGUAUCUGCUGCGCAACUGCCCGGACCGAUUGCUACAGCUGCCGAUGCUGACCGAGUAUAAGAAUACGCUGGAGAAACCAUACUCCCGACGCCCACCCGGCAAGGUGAACAUCUUCGAGGAGCUGUUGAAAGGCGACGAAUAAAAACAAAAUGCAAGGCACUGCUGGAACCGGCGAGGUUGUUAAACAGAAAAAUCUUAUAUUUGUACUUAUGUUACACAUUCUUUUCAUAACGGUAAAAGAAAUUCUUCCAUACUUGUCCACACCAGUUGCAAAAAGAUGGUUGUGUUGCAGAUUAGAAAUUAAGUAUGAAAUAAAAAAUAAAGUCACCAGAUAGUGAUCGUCAAGUA